GCCGCCCAGUGAUGACGCAGCCGUUGUUUGGCCCGUGACGCCGCAUGUACACGUAGCCUAGUAGGAUGUGUUCAUUGAAGAUGGUGGCUGUGUGUCAGACUCACUGUCCUGCACAUUUCGUUGCCUGACUUCAGUCUUUUCAGUGACAUCUACUAGAGUGACCUGGUCCUAGGACCUGUUAGCUCUGCAGCCAUGCAGCCGCCUCCUCGGACUGGACCUCCAGGAGCCUCUGGCCCUCCUCCCUCUGGGCCCAACAUGUUCCGCAGGACCAGGCCUCACAAGCAUACAGCAGCAGCUACUGCCACAAUGCCGCCUGCUACUCAACCCAUGACAGAUCCGUUUGCUUUUGUUAGACCUCCUCCCCCUAUGGCGGCAGGUGGUCUUCCAACGAUACCCAACAGCAACCCUCCGCCAAUGCAAGCCCCACCUAACACCAUGUACGCUCAAGCUGGCCCAGGGCUGCCUCCGCAGCCACAUACGCUGGAGGAUGUGCCAGCUGCUCCCCCUGGGCCCCCAACAUCAUCUUUGCCAGGGGUGACCCUGUUCAACCCACAUAAUACAUCAUCUCCUAGUGUUUUCCAGGCACCCAGUCCAGCAGGAUAUGUGUCCUCCUCACAUAGCGAACAGGGCUAUUUUAAUUCACGAGAACAGACACCAUCCCUGGCCACAGAGCCACCACUUGCGGCCUCAGCCCCAGUACCAUUUCAGUCACCUUUUAACCCAGAAUAUCAAGGACAGAUUCCUCCUCAGCCUGUGCCCUUCCAGCCUGUGCCUCCCACCACCUCCUCUUCCCAGUGGGCCCCUGAUCAUGGAAGUCGUCCCCCAUCAGUUCAGAAUUAUUUCCAGCCUACUAGUGACCCUCCACCACAGCCUUUUAAUUUACCUCCAGCGACCCAGAUGUACCCCUCCCACACCCCAUCACCCCAUCACAACACCCCCACCCCGCCAACACAACCUGGACUUCCCCCCGUCCAGGCUCCUCUUCCUGUUCAGAACCCUGCAAGGCCACCUAGUUCUCAUUGGCCCGACCUGAAUGCACCCCAGCAUCAUAAUUCCCACUUUCAAACUCAGAGUUACUUCAGUCAGAGCUCUGCGCCCCAGGACUCAUGGUUCAACCAACCUCCACAGGACUCAGGCUACCACCAAAUGGGGACUAGCCAUCCUCAGCCUCGGCCUGACUCUGCUGGAUCUCAGCAUGUGCCCCACACUGGGCCUGGGCCUAGCUCUGCCCCUGCUCCUGCCCCAGUCCCAGUCCCAUACUCUCAGGAGUCUGGUACACUCUCAAUGUUCUUCAAAGACAAUGAUGUAGAAAAUGAAGAAACUCUGGCUGGAGAGAGAAAUAAGGCAGUCAAUGGUACUCCUGCACCCUCUCACCAUCACAGUAACCCACAAGCCCACGGUGGCCAUGCUGAUGUUCCUUUGGAUUACAGAAGUCCGUCUCUGCAAGAUCAUUCACAUGUACCAUACAUGAAUGAUGGCAGUCAUGCGUCACAGGGAACUACUCAGAAGCCCCCAGAUUCCCAGUACGACCAUGUGGAGAAUUUGGAGUGUGUCCCAAACCAGGAAGUAUUACCCAGUGAAACCCAUGGCAGCCCUGCUGCUGCACCUGCUGCCCAUGUGGUAGACCAGUUUGAAACCGGGCCUAACCUGGAGACUCCAGAUUCUAUUCCAAGACCAAUGAGAUCUGCAAGUGUGUCUUCCAACUACAGCAACAUGAGCCAUGGAAGUGGAACUAGCAGUCGUCGACAUCAGGGAGUUGUAGGUACCUUUAUUCAGCAGGAAAGUCCACGUCUUGCUGAUGAAGCCAACCUGUCUCCUGCUGCUGGAGGCUACUUUGAGCAGAUUGACACUUCACCAGCUGGAGAUAUGGGUGCACAACAAAGCCCACUGGAGCAGAUGUGGCCUCCCACACCCAGCCCUCCCAAACCAACUGGUAUCUUUCAGGCCAGUGCUAAUAGUUCUUUUGAGCCUGUGCGUUCACAUGGGGUUGGGGUGCGCCCUCCUGAAGUAGACAGGGCUAAAAUGGUAGCAGAAGGGGGCACAGAUUCUACACCUGGCAACCUAGAGCAGCCACCAGAUAAUAUGGAAAACAUUUAUGGCCCAGGGCACCCUGUACCUGCUGGGGCUGCAGGUGGUGUGCCUCAUCUUACACACCCUGUGGUUUCUUCUCGACCUUCAUCACGUGCUUUUGGGGCCAGUCGCCCUUGUGAGAGCCCCGCUACAACUCUGUGGGCUCAGAAUGAUCCUGCUAGCUUGAACGCUAGCAUCCUCCUAGCCCCUGCUGCCCCGACAGUUCUUGCCCCUUUACGAGAGCCCAGUGCUGAUGUAAUCCAGCCACCGGAGGAUGGCCCACUGGACCUGCAGCCCUCCCAGAGAAUCCAGCAAACUUCACAGCAGCACUUGGAAAACCUAGAAAACCCGCCAAAGGUGAGUGAGGCAGAGCCAACCGACUCUCAUGGCAACCUUGGCUAUGCUUCUCUCCUUGUGGCCGACUCGCUCCAUCAGCCUGUUUUGAUUGCGCCACCUGUGUCCAAUUACAGUGUGAUUCCCCCCAGUAACCCUGCUCAACCUGCUAGCCUUAGGGAAUCUACCCCACCUGUGCGAUCACUUGCACAGGGGCAGGGUGCCAAUGCUUCUCAACCACCUUUAGUGACCUCUAAUCAGAAUCCACUCUUUGCCCCUGGACCAGUGAGCCUCGGUUCUUCAAGCACUCACCAGGGUCCUCUCAAUCUGACCCGAGACAAUGCAGAACCGGCACCAUCAGAUGUCACAGCUCCGCCACAGUCGCAGCCAGUCCCCCUGCUUUCAAGGGGCCAAUCAUUGGGUGGGGACAGCCAAUCUGUCCAAGUUAAUCCACAGGCUUCUCUUGUGAUUGCUCCUGUCUCUAAUCAUAAUCAGCCAUCAAAUUAUGAACUGCUUGAUUUUUCUAUGCAUCAAUCACAAUCCCAGAACCAAGCAUCUGGCCAUCCUUCCUCUCUACAUGAGUCUCCACAGUCUAGUAAUGGAUUUUACCUACAGGUCACCAAAGAUGCUCAGCAGGGUUUACGAGUUCAAGGAAAUACCCCUGCCCAGACCCCGGCCUCUUCAUCUACCCCACAGGUUCAGCCAACACCCCCCCAAGCAGCUGCAAACACCCAGCUGCCACCAGCUGAACCACCUAAGACAUCUGAUGCUCAGGCUGCACCACAGGGACAAAAUGUUGCUCCUCCUCCUGUUCCUGUGAGUGGAGCACAACCUCCCCAUAGUCAGUAUCCAACUUCUGUGCAGGGGCCUGCUGCUCCUGCUGCUGCGUAUCCUCCAGGGCCACGAGGACCAGUUCCUCCAGGAGCAUCCCAGCCAGCUCCUGCAGAGCCACCUCGACCACCUUCCUCUGCAGGCAGCCAGCAGGGCUAUGGGCCCCCUCCUCCAGGACCAGGGCAGAUGUACGGUGGCUAUUAUGGUAAUUAUGGAGAAUACCCUGAUAGCAGAGCAGCAUAUCCUUCUGGCCAGUACCCACCUCCACUUGGGGAUCCCCGAGCACAGCAAUAUUAUCAAGAUGGUGCAUAUAGGAGCAGAGCAGACCCUUGGUAUGGCAGAUAUGAGGGGCAGACCCCUGUUUAUCGUGAUCCAAACUACUCAUACAGAGAGCCUCAGCCUGAGAGACCCAGCUCCAGAGCCAGUCAGUACUCUGACAGGCCCUCAUCAAGGCAAGGCUAUUCUGAAGAUUUCCACAGAGCAAACCAAAGUGCCUAUAGUGAAUAUUAUGCAGAUUAUGCCAAGCACUAUGAUUACGCAGGCUACAAUUAUGGACAGUAUGACCCACGAUACAGAGGCUACUAUGAUCAGUCCUACUGGUCUAAUGAUGACCGCUACAGAGGCAGAGACAACUACUAUAAUCAAUACGCAUAUCCUCAGAGGAAAGAAGGCUACGAUGAUCAGUGGCGGUACUAUCCCGGUUAUGAUGCCAGUUUCGAUGAUGACUACCGCCGUCGCGGAGAGUUCGCUGGUGAUGACUUUGACCGACGCAGCGUCCACAGUGAACAGUCUGCACAUAGUGUGCACAGCUCUCACAGCCACCACAGCCGACGAAGCAGCUUCAGCUCUCGGUCACAGCAGAGCCAGGUAUACAGAAGCCAGCCUGACUUGGUGUCAGCAGUCUAUGAUAACACAUCAUCCACUUUGGCUGUUGAUUACUCCUACGGACAGUACCCAAACCCAGCUGAUGCUUCCCACAACUACAGCCAGUACCCCUAUCCCACAGAAAGCACCUGGAUCGCCCCAGAGCAGCCUCCUCCUCGUCCUGCAACCCCAGAGAAGUUCAGCAUACCCCACCGCUGUGCCCGCUUUGGACCUGGUGGUCAUCUAGUCCAAGUUCUGCCCAAUCUCCCCUCAGCUGGACAGCCUGCACUCGUUGAUAUCCACAGCAUGGAGACCAUGCUGCAGGAUACCCCAGAUCAGACAGAACUACGAGCCUUCCCUGGACCUCUUGUUAAGGAGGAGACCCAUAAGGUGGAUGUGAUAAAGUUCUCCCAGAACAAAGCCCUGGAGUGUUCGCGUGACAACAACCUCCUUGACAGGGACUCUGCCCGCCUCCUCUGGGACUUCAUUAUGCUCCUCUGUAGACAGAACGGGACUGUUGUCGGCACGGACAUCGCUGACCUCUUGCUGAAGGAGCACCGCUCCGUCUGGCUGCCAGGCAAAAGCCCUAAUGAAGCCAACUUGAUCGAUUUUAACAAUGAACCGUUGGCACGAGCUGAGGAAGAGCCCGGGGCUGGACCGCUGUCCCUCCUAUCUGACACCUUCAUGACUGUCCCAGAGAACGUUGGAAAGGAGACGGAACGCUUCAGGGAGCUGCUGCUGUUUGGCCGCAAGAAGGAUGCACUAGAGGCAGCCAUGAAGGGAGGACUUUGGGGCCAUGCCCUGUUGUUGGCCAGUAAGAUGGACAAUAGGACACAUGCACGGGUCAUGACAAGGUUUGCCAACAGUUUGCCCAUCAAUGACCCUCUACAGACAGUGUACCAGCUGAUGUCAGGGAGGAUGCCCGCAUCAGCCACUUGCUGUGGAGAGGAGAAGUGGGGUGACUGGCGCCCUCACCUGGCCAUGGUGCUGUCUAACCUCACACACACCCUGGACUUGGACACUCGCACCAUUACCACCAUGGGUGACACUCUGGCUUCCAAGGGGCUGAUCGACGCUGCGCACUUCUGCUACCUGAUGGCCCAAGUUGGUCUGGGAGUUUAUACCAAGAAGAGCACCAAGAUGGUUUUGAUUGGCUCCAACCACAGUUUGCCCUUUUAUCACUUUGCUACCAAUGAAGCCAUCCAGAGGACUGAGGCCUACGAGUAUGCUCAGUCUCUGGGCUCCCAGCCGUAUUCACUUCCCAAUUUCCAGGUGUUCAAGUUGAUCUAUGCAUGCCGCUUGGCUGAAGCAGGCCUGAGUGCUCAGGCUUUCCACUACUGUGAAGUCAUCUCUAGGACUGUCCUCAUACAGCCUGCCUACUACUCCCCUGUUUUCAUAAGUCAAAUCAUCCAGAUUUCUGAAAAGCUGCGAUUCUUUGAUCCACAACUGAAGGAGAAGCCAGAGCAGGAGUUGUUUAAUGAGCCUGAAUGGCUUUUAGAGCUCAGGCAGCUGGAUGGACAGAUCAGGACGGGAGUGAUUAAAUACAGUGAAGACAGAACAUCUCCUGCACAGUACGACUGUGGCAGUCCCAGCUCGGACUUGGACCAGUUGAGUCCAACUGAACCUCCCAACAUGCAUGUGGAGCUGGAUGGCCCCACACCUGACAACCCACUAAUGAGCUCAUUACUGCCAGGGGCUCCACCACAGGCUGUGCAGCUGAUGCCUCCAGCUCCCCCCUCCAUCCUCCAAGAUGCCAUGGCCCCUCCUCAGCCUUUACCCUCCAAUGAUGUGCCCCAAUUCUACCCAGUACCCCCCACUGGACAACCAGGUCAGUUCCCUGUCUCAGGCUACCCUCCACAGGAUCCUGGCUUCGCCCCCCCUCCAUUCCAGCCUCAACCUGAGCAAACAGAAAUGUAUCCCGGUGCCCAUCAGCAGCCAGGCCCGCCAGCUCCUCAAGCGGGCCAAAUGUCACCACACAUGCCCCCUCAGAUGCCCCCACAGAUGCCCCCUCAGGUGCCCCAUUCACCUGUACAGAUGAAUCUGAUGAAUCACCCACCACCCCAGAUGCCUCAGCACAUGCCUCCUUCUCCCGGGCACAUGCCGCACGUAGAGCACCGGUCCCAGGCCCAAACAGAGAUGCCCCCACCCAGAAGCUCCUUCACACCACAGACGGACUUCUAUGACCAGAUGGCUCAGAUGGGUCCUGGGAGGAGGUCAAGGACUACAUCACAAUCUUCAAUGCAUAUGAUGGGUCCAGGACGUCGCUCGCGCACUACUUCUGAAUCUUCCACUCACUCUGGUGGAAGAGAGCGGAGUAACUCGGCUGUGAAGCAAGCAUCGCCACCUCCCCCUUCAAUUCCUGAACAGCCCCGCAAAGAGGAGGCCAAGAAAGUGAAGAAAGACUCCCCGAAAAAGGUUGGUGGUGGUGGUGGUGGUGGCGGCUGGCUAAAAAACUGGCUCUGGAAGGGGAAGAAUGAGGCUCACUUGCCAGAUGACAAAAACAAAUCUAUUGUGUGGGAUGAGCAGAAGCAGAAAUGGGUCGACUUGAAUGAGCCUGAAGAGGAGAGUAAGCCCCCUCCUCCGCCUCCCUCAUGCUUCCCCGCAAUGCCCCACGCGCCGGGCCCUGGAGGGCAUGCUGGGCCCCCAAGUGGUGGUCCUCCCGGUGUCAACGUGUACUCCAGGAAGGCAGGCACGAGGAGCCGAUAUGUGGACGUUCUGAACCCGAACAGUAGAACAGCUAAACCAAGCGGAUUGGCUCCCGCACCUGCAGACAUCUUCGCUCCUUUGGCACCAAUGCCCAUGCCUGCAAACCUAUUUGUGCCUAGUUCAGCUCCUGACGAUCAACAACCUCUGGAGGGCAGCGAAGGAGGAAAUGUGGAACAGAAUUCACCAAACACCAGCGCCAAUCCACAGAUGUUCAACCCAACAUUAUUACCACCUGCCCCCGAAGGUCCUCCUGUGCCUGAUGGCUCACAGUCCGGAGAGCUCUCACGUUCUAGCUCAAUGAGUUCUUUAUCACGCGAAGUGAGUCAGCAUUUAAACCAGGGAGCAGCACCCGCUGGAGGCGUCACCUUUUAUAACCCUGCACAGUUUGCACAGACGAGUGCACCAUCAGGAGUUGGACACCGCCCCGGCCGUUUGGGCGGUCAGCGCCAGUACCCAGUGUUGAAGUAAACAUCAUUUUGCAGAGAGAUUGUGUGAACAGACUUGUUGGAUAAAUCCUACCUUGAAGUAAAUGAAGCACAUGGACAUACUGCUCUCUGUCUAAAGGACCCUUCUGUCUGCCUGCACCUAAGAAGAUCAUAAUCACAGUCUCCAUGAUGUCGGUCUUUGUCUCAACAGCUUAACCACUCUUUCAUCUUUUUCUUUGGUUACGUAACUGUCUCUGGUGUAUUUUUAACAGGCACAGUGUUUUCUUGAAGGGCUUUUUCCUGCAUCCAAACAGAAAACAGACAGUCGAUGCACUCAUACACAAACUGUAUGUUUGUGAAAGCAUAAUUUAGUGUAUGGUCAAUAAGUUGCUCCUCUUAACAGUCCAGCUUCUGCUCAUAUGUAACACUGUUAACAAAAUGAUCAUCCCAGGUCCUGUUUUCCCGUUGUGUGUGAAGUCCAAAUGUCCUUGUUUGAUUGAUUGAUUGUAUGUAUGAUGGAUAAGAAAGAAAGCGGCACCUUUUUAAUUUCAAAUUGUUGGACUUGUAUGAUCGUUUGCAGCUCUUCAGUCUUCUUCUGUCAACUGAAGUUCGCAAUUUGUGUGAGAAUGAGUCGUGUCAAUAGUGGAUUGUCUGCUGUGUUGUUUGCUUUUUUGUCAGUCGCCCUCCAGUAAAGGAAGGAUGUUCAGGAAAGAGACUCGUACAGGUCUGCAUCGUUAGGACACUGCUCGUUUCAGAUAUUUAUUUAAAUGUCCUCCCUGCCAGUCAGAAACUCUUGAAUUCAAAGAUGCGUCAGGGUCUUUCGUCCAAGUUAGGCUUCGAUUUUCUCCUCCUGAGGAGAGUUCGUCAACAUCACUGAGACGAGGGGUGGUCUUCAGAACAGCAGGAAUUGGGAUUAAAAAAACUGCAUUUUACAUGUUGCUAAAAUUAAAUCUAUCCAAAUAUUUGUAUAUCAGAUUGAUUGUAUUUAUGAGCUGUAGGCAUAAAGGUGUGUGUGUGUGUGUGUGUGUUUGCGCGUGUGUGGAGAGCAAUUAAUGUUUUCAGAUUAGCUUUGAAGAGAUGCAUUUAUGAUUCAGAUGACGAGAUGACGUGGAUUCCUAUUCUUCUCAUUUGUAUUGGCCGCUUCUGCAGACAAAUAAAACUCUGUCUAAAUUGU